UAAAGAUCUUAAAAUGUCAAAAAAACGUGGUAUUUUAUGAGUAUUAUUUGGUUUAUAAGUGAAACUUUAUAACUAUUUCUAUUUAUUAUUGUGUUUAAUUUUACAUUUAAUCGAGUUUUUUUAUUAUUAUUGUUUGUAUUACUUCCCACAUUGACCAAGGAACACAUAUUAAUUUAUCAGAUAUUAAAGAAUGGCAGGUGUGUUUUCAAGUAGCACAGCAUUUUGCUCCCGGUGUGGGUCGAUUUUGCCUCUACUCAAGGAAUUUGGGUUUGUGAAGUGCUAUUUCUGCAAAGAAAUUUAUGGUGCUGAAAAUUUUAACAACCUCAAGUUCCAAUACACGAUACAUUUCAAUUCAGUAUCUUUAGAGAAUCACAAGGAUAUAGUAAACAUGGAUAAUCCUGAGGGGCCUGUUGUUGAGAGGAAGUGUCCGAAAUGUGGUGGUGAGAGAAUGUCCUAUGCAACACUACAGUUACGAUCAGCUGAUGAAGGGCAGACUGUCUUCUACACAUGUAUAUCUUGCAAAUACAAAGAAACCGAGAAUUCAUAGUUUAAAGUUAAGAAGUUUUUUUUUUUUAUAUAUAAAUUUAAGGUAAAUUUAGUGAUAUCAUGUAAAUAGUUUAUAUGUAAGUAUUAUACAUACAUAAAAUAUAUUUAAUACUUUUA